GGAUAAUAUUCAAAAGUAUAGUUAAUAUGUACUGUAGUAGCAAAAAAUAUUCCGAAUUAAAUUGCAACAAUGAAGUUUUUUCGCAGAAGUUCAUCAUGUGAAGCUGAAAGGGAGAAGUUGAUUUUUGAUGUCAAACCAAGAUUAAAAUUUGGAGUGAGACAUGUACAACUUUUAUUAUGUUUGGCACUUCUGACUAUCGGUUACACCAUGAGAGUAAAUCUUUCGGUUGCCAUAGUGGCUAUGACGGACAAUUCAACUAGCCCCAAUCCCGACGUACCGACCUAUGACUGGGAGGACACUGGUACAGUGCUUUCUUCUUUCUUUUGGGGUUACAUUGUUCUACAAGUUUUCGCUGGACAACUUGCUAAAAAACACGGACCGCGUUAUUAUUUAGUAGGAGCCAUGACGGUCAACUCUGUGGCUUCGUUCAUGGUACCAACAUUGGCUGAAUCUUGGGGUUCUGAAGGAGUCAUGUUCUGCAGAAUCCUUCAAGGUUUAUCACAGGGUUUUUUUUUCCCUUCUUGUCACACUUUACUUGGACAAUGGGCGCCAGUUUCUGAAAGAUCUACAAGUGGUACUUUUAUUUAUUCAGGUGCUGCCUUGGGUACGAUUAUUGGGAUGCCAAUUACUGGAGCAAUUGCAGCUUCUUGGGCUGGGUGGCCUGCUUCAUUUUAUUUCUUCGGAACGUUGGGUUUAUUCUGGGUUAUUGCUUGGAUUUUAUUGGGGUCUAACAAACCUUCUGAACACAAAUAUAUUACUGAGGAAGAGCGGAGUUAUAUUGAAACUUCCUUGGGCCAUGAAAAACAUAUUGAUAUUCCAACACCGUGGAAAUCGAUAUUUACAUCCUGGCCAGCAUGGGCAAUUAUUGUAGCAAGUUUUGGACAAAAUUGGGGAUAUUCUACACUUUUAACUAACAUACCAACAUAUAUGAGCAAGAUUACGAAAUUUGAAAUGUCCAAGAACAGUGCCUUGUCAGCAGCUCCAUAUCUUGCCCUAGCAAUUUUUAGUUAUAUUUUUGGACCAAUAUCUGAUUUUUUGAUGAAUAGAGGCAUCAUGUCUAGAGGAGGUGUCAGAAAACUUAUGAAUACAAUAGGGACUGUUUUACCAGCAAUUGCAUUAACUUGUCUUGGAUUUGUGCCAGACGAUCAACCGACUCUUUCAGUAGUACUACUAGUAAUAGCUGUAGGAAGUAAUGCUGCAGUUUUUUGUGGCUUUCAAGUAAAUCAUAUUGAUUUAUCACCUAAUCAUUCCGGAACACUAAUGGGUAUUGCUAAUGGUUCAUCGAAUAUAUUUUCCAUUAUUUCACCGUUGGUUGUUCAAUUCGUCGUCACCGAUCAAACUGACAAAAACUUAUGGAGAAUAAUAUUUAUAAUAGCUGCAGCCGUUUAUGUUGUAGCUGAUAUUUUCUAUGUGAUUUUUGCUUCUGGAGAAUUGCAACCUUGGAAUGAUGAGAGUGAAGUACCGGUAGACUUGGAAGCACAUGUACGAAAAAUUGAUUUAUCUAAAAGUGAUUAAAAGCUAAUUGUUAUUAUAAUUUAUUAAAAUGUUGUACUAUAUCUUAUGUUUUAAAAUGACAAUAAAGUAUUAAUUAAAAGAA